UUCACACCAAACUUAUCAGAAAAAAAGCAAGUCAAUGUCCAUAUAGUUUGCUGUGCUCUAAAUGUAUUUCCUCAUAUUUUCACACAAUGGCUACACUUAAGGUGACAUUUGUUGAAGUAAAUGUUCUUGGUUUUAAAUAAAGACCUGAAUUUUAAAAAAGAAAAAAGAAAGAAAGAUCUUUAGCCGGGUAUUGUUUAUCUGCCUGUUUCCUAAAGGGAUGCACCUUGGUCGCUGAAACUAAUGCAAAUGAAGGGCGGGGCGAUGAGCUGUGACAGUACAUGUUGGAGCUGCAGGCAACAGGUGUGCGCAGUUUGCACAGACCAGAGAGCUUUCACGCUGACACCUGCGACAAUUCACCCAGAACUUUGGGAAUUAGCAGCAAAAAAUAAGGCCUAGGAAUGGCCAACUUUGGAGGACAUGCCAUCCCGGGCAGUUUUUUCCUCAUCUAUGGCUUUUGGCUGACGGUGAAACACAUUCUCCAACACUACUGGAGGAAGAAUCAGCUUAAAGGAAGACGAGCUAUGCCGCCUUUAUUUAAAAGAAUGGAAUACUUCGAAGGAGGAUUCACAAUCUUUGCCUCGUUUGUUGGUAUUAUGGUGGAACAGUUUGUGGUGGACGGGCCUCAUGCUCACCUCUUCGACUACGAGAACGGUACCUGGGUCAAGCUGAUGAACUGGCAGCACAGCACUAUGUAUCUGUUCUUUUUGAUUUUUGGGAUAGCUUUAGUUGCCAGUACAGCAUCCAAAAUGCUGCCAGUUGGUAUCGAUCGGCUCACUCUCUCCAUUGCACUUUUUGUUGAAGGGUUCCUGUUCUAUUACCACGUGCACAAUCGCGCCCCUCUGGAUGCUCACAUCCACUCCCUGCUGCUGGCGGCAGUGUUCAGUGGAUCAGCCAGCACCAUGUUGGAGGUGUUCAUACGAGACAACAUCAUUCUGGAGCUGCUCAGGGCAUGUCUGUUCAUCCUGCAGGGUUCAUGGUUCUACCAGAUUGGAUUUGUACUUUACCCCCUACGUGGACCAGACUGGGACUUAAAGCUGCACGACAACGUCAUGUUUGUCACAAUGUGCUUCUGCUGGCAUUUAGCUAUUGCUCUGCUCCUAGUGGCUUGCACCUCAUCUGUGGUUUGGUUGACUUUGACAAGAUUCUCAGCAGAGAGCCGGGACAUAGAGAUCGGAAUGCGAAACACAUCCCCAAAAACAGGCUCUCAGAAGGCUUUACUUGAGGAGUCAGAGGAAGAGUGAAGGCAUCACUGUGAUUCUUUAAAUUGUACUGAAAUUAGAUUUCAUUUUCUAUGUUAAGAAAAAAAAAAUCUAUGCUCUAUAAAGGUUUUGCACAAUGUACUACAGAUGUUUUUUGUACAAAAAAAUAACAACCAAAUGUUUUUAAAUGUGAUCGGUUACCAUUCUUUGUUCAAAUAUUUUGUAAGUUUAGAAAUGUAAUUUUGUAACCUGAAAUGCUUGGUGUGUGUGUGUAAAGUCUGCUGUCAAAUUAAAUCCAACGCUUUGUAAGAGAACAAAUAGUAUAUUUACAAGUAAAUCACAAACACUAAAAUAAGUCAGAACAACUCCCACUUACUGCAUAUUUGCUAACAAUACCUCAUAUGAAACAUUUAAAGAUGUGACAAACAGAACUGAGAAAUUAGUUCUUUACAGAGUUAGUCAACCACUGAAGGAAAGAACAAACCUCGCAGUGGAAUUUCUAUGCAAAGACUGCGAUCUGCCUUAUUAUUGUUACAAUUUCUUUUAA